AUGAUGGGAUCCACUACAUAUCUACUUCUUGUCAUCUCUUUUCUCUCUCUCAAAGAUCGAACUACUGCAUCACUCAGAUAUUCAUAUGCUUCUCAGAAUAUUAAUGUGGAAUUUACCUUGUCGACAGCAACUCAUUCAGCGUCCAAUCCAACAUCAAGUUGUUCUUUACAACAAUGCAACAUCACUUCAGUUAAUAAUCUCACUUGUUCUUUAUCACCAACACCUUGUUUCGACUACCGAUCCAUGAACAACAUCAGUUAUUGUGCUCCUGGUAUUCUUUGUUCAGUUUUACAGCCAUGUAAUAAUGUGACACACAGUUGUGCAUCGAAUGAUUCAGUGUGUAUUGUGAACUCAUGCUGUUCACCAACAGCAGUAUGUUUACCGCUGCUGACUACCAAUUUCUGUAUACGAGGAUGGUCAAUGACUGCAUCUAUGAGUUUUGCACGAUAUUUGCAUACAGCAUCUACAUUGCUCGAUGGAAAAGUAAUAGUUACUGGUGGAUAUAGUGGUGCUAUUGUUCUGAAUAGUGCCGAACUGUAUGAUCCAUCAACAAGUGUUUGGACACCAACAGGAAAUAUGAGUUUUGCACGAGAGUUUCAUACAGCAUCUACAUUGCUCAAUGGAAAAGUAUUAGUUACUGGUGGAGAUGGCAGUGGUGGUUAUCUGAAUAGUGCCGAACUGUAUGAUCCAUCGACAGGUGUUUGGACACCAACAGGAAGUAUGAGUGUGCGACGAGCGUCUCACACAGUAUCUACAUUGCUCAAUGGAAAAGUAUUAGUUACUAGUGGACUUGGCAGUAGUGGUUAUCUGAAUAGUGCCGAACUGUAUGAUCCAUCGACAGGUGUUUGGACACAAACAGGAAAUAUGAGUUUUGCACGAUAUGUGCAUACAGCAUCUACAUUGCUCGAUGGGAAAGUAUUAGUUACUGGUGGAGAUGGCAGUGGUGGUUAUCUGAAUAGUGCCGAACUGUACGAUCCAUCGACAGGUGUUUGGACACAAGCAGGAAAUAUGCGUUUUGCACGAGGGUAUCACGCAGCAUCUACAUUGCUCGAUGGAAAAGUAUUAGUUACUGGUGGAUAUAAUGGUAUUAUUGUUUGGAAUAGUGCCGAACUGUAUGAUCCAUCGACAGGUGUUUGGACACAAACAGGAAAUAUGAGUUUUGCACGAUAUGCGCAUACAGCAUCUACAUUGCUCAAUGGAAAAGUAUUAGUUACUGGUGGAUAUGGCAGUGUUGGUUAUCUGAAUAGUGCCGAACUGUAUGAUCCAUCGACAGGUGUUUGGACACAAACAGGAAAUAUGAGUUUUGCACGAGAUUGGCAUACAGCAUCUACAUUGCUCAAUGGAAAAGUACUAAUUACUGGUGGAUAUAACGGUACUUCUCUGGAUAGUGCCGAACUGUAUUGA